AUGUUUUCUGUGUUUGGACUCCCCAUCCCUAUCUCGGCCACAGAACUUCUCCUGGCCUCUGCUGUCUUCUGCCUGGUAUUCUGGGUGGUCAGGACCUGGCGGCCUCGGGUCCCUCAAGGCCUGAAGAGUCCACCGGAGCCCUGGGGCUUGCCCCUGCUCGGGCACGUGCUGACCUUGGGGAAGAACCCACACAUGGUCCUGUCACAGCUGAGCCAGCGCUAUGGGGACGUGCUACAGAUCCGCAUUGGCUGCACACCCGUGCUGGUGCUCAGUGGCCUGGACACCAUCCGGCAGGCCUUGGUGCGGCAGGGCGAUGAUUUCAAGGGCCGGCCCGACCUCUACAGCUUCACCUUUAUCUCUGAUGGCCAGAGCAUGACCUUCAACCCAGACUCUGGACCGGUGUGGGCUGCCCGGCGACGCUUGGCCCAGAAUGCUCUGAAGAGUUUCUCCAUCGCCUCAGACCCGUCUUCCUCAUCCUCCUGCUACCUGGAGGAUCACGUGAGCAAGGAGGCUGAGGCCCUCCUGGGCAAGUUCCAGGAGCUGAUGGCAGGGCCUGGGCGCUUCGACCCCUUCAAGUAUGUAGUGGUGUCAGUGGCCAAUGUCAUCUGUGCCAUAUGCUUUGGCCGGCGUUAUGACCACGACGACAAAGAGUUUCUUAGCCUCAUCGACCUGAAUAAUGAGUUUGGGGAGAUAGCUGCCUCCGGGAACCCAGCUGACUUCAUCCCUGUCCUCCGUUACCUGCCCAACACUGCUCUGGACCUCUUCAAGGACCUGAAUCGGAGGUUCCACGUCUUUGUACAGAAGAUAGUCACGGAACACUAUAAAACGUUUGAGAAGGGUCACAUCCGGGACAUCACAGACAGCCUGAUUGAGCACUGCCAGGACAAGAGGCUGGACGAGAAUGCCAAUAUCCAGCUGUCGGAUGAGAAGAUCAUUAAUGUCGUCAUAGACCUCUUUGGAGCCGGGUUUGACACAGUCACAACUGCCAUCUCCUGGAGCCUCCUGUACCUGGUGACAAGCCCCAGGGCGCAAAAAAAGAUUCAGGAGGAGCUGGACACAGUGAUUGGCAGGGCGCGGCGGCCCCGGCUCUCUGACAGACCCCAGCUGCCCUAUUUGGAGGCCUUCAUCCUGGAGACCUUCCGACACUCCUCCUUCGUUCCCUUCACCAUCCCCCACAGUACCACAAGAGACACCAGUCUGAAUGGCUUUUACAUCCCCAAGGGGCGCUGUGUCUUUGUGAACCAGUGGCAGAUCAACCAUGACCAGAAGCUAUGGGAGGAUCCAUCUGAGUUCCGGCCAGAACGGUUUCUCACUGCUGAUGGCACCAUCAACAAAGUACUGAGUGAGAAGGUGAUUCUUUUCGGCUUGGGCAAGCGGAAGUGCAUCGGUGAGACCAUUGCCCGCUUGGAGGUCUUUCUCUUCUUGGCCAUCCUGCUGCAUCAGGUGGAAUUCCAUGUGACCCCAGGUGUGAAGGUGGACAUGACCCCCCUGUAUGGGCUGACCAUGAAGUACACCCGCUGUGAGCAUUUUCAGGUGCACAUGCGCCCUUAG